UUGGUUGGUUGGUUUGGUCCACUACCUAAACCAAAACCAAAACCAAAACCACCCUUCCAAUUCUCAUUACCAUCAAAGUUCAGUCCAACAAUAACCGAAACCCGUGAGCCCACUCUCUCUCUCUCUCUCUAAUGGCAUCUGAGCAACACGACACCGUUUUCCCCGAAGAAGACAUGGACGACGACGACGACGAAUCUCAGGAGGACGAGGAAGAAGAAGAAGACAUGGACGACGACGACGUUUUAGGUGAUGAUGAAGAAAACGAACCUUUUCCUUCCGCCUCCUCCGCUCUCGCCGUCACCGUCGCCGUUCCCGGUUCCGCUAUCUCAAACGGAGACAAACCUCCAAUUUCGACGCCAACCUCCACAGCAAUUGUCGUCGCCGACUCACCCGAUCCGAAACGGCAGCGCGUGGAUCAAAUUGAAGAGAAAAAGCCUUUGGACGAUUCCCGGAGGCUGUUUCAACGACUGUGGACCGAUGAGGACGAGAUCGAGCUGUUGCAGGGUUUCCUCGACUACACUUCACAGCGAGGAUCCUCUCACCACAACGACACCGCUUUGUUCUACGAUCAAAUCAAGUGUAAGCUCCAACUCGAUUUCAACAAGAACCAGCUCGUCGAGAAGAUCCGGAGGUUGAAGAAGAAAUACCGAAACGUUCUCAACAAGAUUGGCUCCGGUAAAGAAUUUUCAUUCAAGAGUGCUCACGAUCAAGCCACCUUCGAAAUCUCACGCAAGAUCUGGAGCAACAUGGGCCAAAUCGGCGGCGGUGGUGCCGUCGAAGAUAAUGCCCUGGACGACGACGAAAUCAACCUCAACCCCAUCUCUUACCCUAACCCUAAUUUUAGUCCCUCGGUGCCCAAAAUUGAAUUGAUGUUUGGGAAUUCGGCAGAGAAGAAAACGCGGAAGCGGUCACGGCCUCGAUCGGGGAAUGAUGGAUCAGCGUCAAACAAAGAUCAUACGAAUUAUAACAGCAAUGCUACCCCUACUGUUACUACUACCGCUACUGCUGCUGCUGCUGCUGCUGCUACUACUACGGCUAACACUUAUAAUAAUUAUAACAGUGGGCAUAGUAUACCUGGUUUGAUUGAAGAGACUGUGAGGAGUUGUUUGUCGCCGUUGUUGAAGGAGUUGGUGGCUGGUGCCAUGGGGGGUCCAUUUGGGGGAAGAGGGUUGUCGUUGAAUCCGGUGCCGUUGAUGAAUUUGGGUUUUGGGGGCGUGGAAAUGGUGGAUGAGAAAUGGAGGAAGCAACAGAUUUUGGAAUUGGAAGUGUACUCGAAGCGGUUGGAGCUUGUGCAGGAUCAGAUCAAGGCUGCUCUGGAGGAAUUGCGAUCAGCUGGAGGAGUAUGACCACAGCUUUUAACUUUGUUCUUGUUUUUGUUUUUGUAGUAAUCGAUUGGGAUUCCUCCUCUACCUCUUCAUGUCUAGUUCAUACAGAUUUGCUUGCUCAUCGAUGGUUGAUACUGAUAGUUUAGCAGCUAGCUAGUAAUAGUAAUUUUGUUUUUAAUUUUAGUUUAUGUUGAUUUCGUAAAGCACUUGUCCAAUAAAAUGUUUUACAUGUUAGCCAUUUCAUUGUUGUUCCUUUAAAUUUUAAUGUUCUCAUACUUGUACAGAAUCUACAUUCUACAGACAGAUUGGAAUGAAUUGGUACAACAUGAGGGCUUUGUGCCAUGAUAUGUUGUCGUAAAAGAUGCAAAAUUGGGUUCUCAAUUG